AUGCUACAGAUUUUUGAACAAGUAAAGGAUGUUUGCCAGCAGCGUCGUGAGUGUUUUGCCCGUAGUGAAAAGGAAAAAGAAAAAGAAAAAGAGGCACAUCUGCAUAAUAUAAGAGGAAUAAAAGAAACAAACACAACAACAACAAUAAUAAUACCUUCACUUACUUUCUUACUUCGUCGUCUUCGCAGGGCUGCGGCUGCGGGAUCUCCACAUAAAGAGACUUCGCAUGUGUGGCCAAAGCCGUUUCUCUAUCCAACACCAGACGGGACUCUUCACUCCGCAACUUCACCGCACAAACGCAUACAUAGGACGACAUCUCCUUUAGCCUCGCAGACAGGAAUAUUAACAACAGAUGGACCACAAGAAUGGAAAGGAGAGAGGCAUUCACCACCCAUGCCAACAACAACAACAACAACAACAAUUGGAGUUAACAAUAAAGAAGAAGAAGAAAGUGAGAAAGAAAAAGAAAAUGUAAAAGAGGAAUCGGUUGACUAUUGUACUCGAAUUGCAGUGGAGCGUGGACUGGUGUCAGUACUCAUCAGUGUGUGCUCUGCCACUACAGUUGAAGGUGAAAAGGAGGCGGGAGAUGUUUUCACACUGCAGGAACGUGUAGAGGCACUGCAUACACUUGUGUUUAUAAUGUGUUAUGCCUGUGGAGUGCGGGGUGAUGAUGGUUCAAUUAUUUGUAAGAUUGAUUUGCUGCAACUCUCUGCUACUGCAUGCGAUAUAUUAAAACGGGUUCUGGAGCAAGUGAUGUCUAAUAAUGAGCAAGAGAAAAAAAAUACAACUGGAAGUAAGAGAAGAGAACUUGUGGAAACAUUUGCUUCUAUCUCUAAUACGAUUGUUAUGUUGCUUGGCUGUAGAGAUCCACGUCACUGGGAGUGUGAUGAGGAAGAGGAAGAGGAAAGAAUAGAUCCAGUGGAGUCUCAUAGUCAUGCCUCUUCACAUCCAAUGAGUUUUUGGCAACGGUUUACAAGUGAAGAAAGUAUUGAUGGUUGUUGUUUGUGCUGUGGGGCUGGUCCACUUUCAUAUCAGUUUAUGAUGACUGCACUUACGGAGAAUGGAUUGUGGCAGUAUAUGUGGCGUUUUGUUGCUUUUCCCUUUUUAAUACAGGCUUCUCAGGAAAAGAAUGGAAUUCAACAACAACAACAACAACAACAAGAAAGUGAUGGUGAUGAUGAUAAGUAUAAUAAUAAUGAUAAUGAUGGAAUAGAGAUGGGGAAUGGAGAGAAUGAUUUUACACAGUAUUGUAAUACUGUACGUAUUCUUGGAGUUCGAUUAACAUUAAAGAUGAUGACAUUAUUACUUUUACGAGGUUCAGUGGCUGAAGAACAUGAUCUCGCGAGUAUACUUUGUUGCCCAACCGUACAGGAAGAGGAGGAACUGGAGACUAUGUGGAGUAAAACACUUAUACCGUCUCGUAGAGAAAAUCCCCAUCGUCAGCUAUCUACAUUAGAAAAACGUACGAUAUUUACAUUACAACAAAUCUCAGGUUUUCUGGUAUUUCGUCGACUUUCUUGCUAUGCAGCAAAUGCAAUGCAUAUUCUUUUAACACGUUUAUAUCCGCAACAACUACCAAUAUCAGAUAUUAAUAUGCGAGUUGUUUUUGAAGCUCUCUUCUUCUUAAAAGAACCAUUACCAUUACCCAUUCCAACUCCCAUCUAUGGUAGUACAUCUCCUGAAGAAAAACAUAAUGAUAAGGAAGAGAAUACGGUUUUUUAUAUGAAUCAGUCGACUGUAGAGAUAACAGCAUCUCUCAUGCUUGGCCGUUUACUUCAUGUAUUGUCUUUUCAUCUUGAAUUUUACCGCGAUGAGUGGUGUGAAACUGUGAAAAAGAAGAGACAUAAUGGUCGCUAUGCAGGCCGUACAUUAACGCCUACUACCAGUCAUGUACUUUGUAUUGCAGGAGCGCUACUCUCUAUAGUGUUGCUAUUAGACCAACAACAACAACAACAAGAAAAAGAAAAAGAAGAAAAAGAAAAAGAAAAAGAAGAAAAAGAAAACGAAGAGCAUCAGGGGUGUAGUGGUCUUCUCUCGUUAGAGCAGGCGAUGGGUCGGCAUACAACGUAUAAGGCAUGUGAACAUUCACCAUUACUGCCGGCUGCACUCUCGGCGGGACUCAGUCGCACACAUCAAGUACUUCUCCUCUUCCGCACUCUAGCCACUAUACACAUACAAACACCCAUACACACUCAUACACGUCAUCGUGGUCAUUCCACACAUACACAUAUAAAUAAUACUACUACUACAUAUAUAAACACAUUACCAUGCAUACACACACUUCGACUGACUGGUCCAUACAUAAUGGCAUUUUCACAGUUAGUGCGUCCGAAUGCCCCGCCGCCCCCAUCGUUGCGGUGGAGACAAUUGAGAGCGGAUGAGUGGGCAGAGACAAUGACGGCAACCGUGCGGGGAACAGCAGCAGUAUCCACAGCGUCCACAGUGGAACGCCGAAGGAAAUCCCAAACGAGUUUGUCAUGCACGUUAACAUGUCCAUUACGUCUCUUGUGUCUGGAGGAACAUGAUAAUCUUCAGAAAAGUGCAAGAGAAAGAUUAAAAGUAUACAAUGAAGGUGAAGGUGAAGGUGAAGAAUAUAAAUACCAACAACAACAACAACAAAAAGGAUCUGAUAAGAGUUCUGGAAAUGAUGGUCUUCAACCAUUGCAGGUGUAUGUGAAAAUUCCCCGUGCAGCAGGUGGUACGGUACAUACAGAUAAUAUCAAUAAGACAGGUGUUAAUAACUAUGAAAAUGGUGCGGGUGUUUCUACCAAAACGGAAUCUAUUCAAUCAGUGGAGUCUUUCCCACCAAUGUUUUUUGGAUAUGAGUCUGUUUCCUUCAGUAAUCGUAGACGUAGUAGUGGUGGAGUGAAUACUGGUAUACGUAGUCAUCAUGGUAAUGCUGUUGGCGAUAGUAGUGUUAAUGUUAAUGGUACUGUAGUGACUUCGGUGAAUGAAAGUAUGAGAAAUAUAAUUUCUUUACCAUUAAAAAAAAUGUCAAGUGAGGUGAAAACUUUAUUUGUAAAUCGUGAUGGAGAAGAGUAUGCAAGGGUAAUGCAUAACAUUCCAUGUUUCUCAUCCCUCAAACGUGAGAAAGUGGAAUAUGUGGCUAGUGCGGAAAUAACUAUUGUAGCCCCAUUAGAGAAAUCUAAACAAAGUAAUAAUGAAGAAGAAAAAGAAAAAAAGAUGGAGGAGGAGGAGGUAUGUCCUUUUAAUAUGGUUAUUAUCGCUUCUUGUACAGUUUAUGGAGAUGAACUUUAUCUUUACUCUCAACCACCGCAAAGGUCUACUAUGAUGUUAUCUUGCGAAGAAGAAGAAGAAAGAGAAGAAGAAAAAAACUCUUCUCAACGAUCUAAUAAAAAGGAAUCCGUGGGAGGAAGAAGAAAGAAACAUGAUAAAUCAAAAACAAAACAAGAAAAUACAUUAUAUUCAAAAAAUUCCAAAUUUGGACCAACUAUGAUUUGCAGUGUCUCUCGUUUCGAAUCUUCUAACAUCAUAACAGCACGGAGUUCUUCUCCAGAGAGACUCUUCACUAUGGAUGAAGGAGGGAUCAUAUCAUCACGGAAGAAUGAUAAACAGGGUGUCAAUAAUAAUAAUAAUAAUAAUAAUAAUAAUAAUAAUAAUAAUAAUAAUAAUAAUAAUAAUAAUAAUAAAGAUACCUCACAGAAGAAAGAAGACCCUCUUCUUAAUAGUAACGAAAAUGAAUACGAUGAGAUGAAUGAUAUUGAUGCCUAUAUAGCUGGCAUAGAACCAACGGUUGUGGUAGAUAUUGCCCUCACCCGCAAAGAUCAUGAAAUCCAAUCCCUGCAAGAACAACUGGCGCAAGUGCGAGAGAGUGAGGCGGAACUCAAACGUCAACUGCAAGAAGUAUUAACACAACGCGAGACUUUGGUGACGACACUCACAGACACUCGAGCGGAACUGCGGCUUUGGCACACAGACGUCGUCGCACCGCUGCGGCGGGAAGUGACGCUCCUGCGAAGAUCACUCGUGCGGCGUAAUGCGGAGACAAGUGCGGCCGUCUCGCUCUGCCGUUCACUGCGGGAUGAACACACGGCACUCACAUCCACGAUUCACGCACUUCGUGAAGAGAUGCGGGGUUUGGUGGAAAUAGUAGAGAAGAAGAAGAACAACAACAGAGAAGAAACAGGAAGAGAGUUAUAG